UGCUACGUGUUGAGGCGCCAUUGCUGAUUCCGACGGGGGCAUGCAACCUUACAUAUUAAUGGAUGGAUGAACGUAAGGAAGCAACCUAUCUGGCACCUCAUCUCAUCCGUUUCUGUACCGUUGCAUUGUCUCUUCUCAAUCUCAAUCACAAUCACAUCCCCUCUCCUCCGCGCGCCCCGGAAACCAAUUCAAUUCCCAGAAUAUUCAUCCAGAACCAGGAUUAGGGAAUUGAGGUGCUUUUUUUUUUUUUUUUUUUCCAAGGCUGGAAGAAGAAGAAGAGGAAGGAGAGAGAGUAACAUAAAUAAGGAAAACGGAUUCCUCGUUGGCUAAUCGUCAUUCAUUUUCCCGGUUAAUGGUAAAGCUUUCAUUUCGUUAGAUGCGAUGAAUGAUUUUUAGGAGGCGAGCUGUUGCAAUUGAUCGAGCACAAUGCCCGGGAGUCAAGGGGGUUCAUCGUCGCGAAGAUGCUCAUUGUUGGGGAGCUCAUUGUCUCAGGGCAGGAAAAAAGGCGCCGCUAGCAUAAACGGUGCCGCCGGUGGGGCAGUUGGAGAUUCCCCUCGUAGCCGAAAAUCUUUAACCGCUUCCCGCUCCAUGGGACUCAAAGGCGAUCGGACAGUGAAGAGAUUGCGGCUGUUAAGAGCCUUGACAUUACCUGAUAGUACAAACAUCAAGGAAGUGUGUCGUCGAAUGGCUGCACAUAAAGUUGAUGCUGUGUUGCUUACAGAUUCAAAUGCAUUGCUAUGUGGAAUCCUGACAGACAAGGAUAUAGCUACUAGAGUGAUUGCUUGCGAGGUUAAUCCUGAGGAAACACCCGUUUCCAAGGUUAUGACAAGGAACCCUGUGUUUGUGCUUCCUGAUGCUCUUGCUGUUGAAGCCUUGCAAAAGAUGGUUCAUGGAAAGUUUAGGCAUUUACCUGUUGUCCAGAAUGGAGAAGUUGUUGCUCUGCUUGACAUUAUAAAAUGUUUGUAUGAUGUCAUUGCUCGUAUGGAGAGGGCAGCUGAGAAGGGAAAGGCGAUCGUAGCUGCUCUUGUAGGUGUUGAGAAACAAUGGGGAUCAUCAGGAUCUGGCCCCAACACAUUCAUUGAGACACUUAGAGACCAGAUAUUUGGUCCCUCUUUGUCUACAAUAAUUCCUGAGAAUUCAAAGAUGGUUGAACUUGAUCCCAGUGAAACAGUGCUAACUGCAGCAAAAAAGAUUUGUGAACUUGAAGCAAGUUGUGCUAUUGUGACAACAGAGAACAAACCUCGAGGAAUACUCACUUCAAAAGAUAUGCUAAUGAGAGUCAUAGCUCAGAAUCUUCCACCAGAUUCCACUCCAGUAGAGAAGGUGAUGACUUCAAAUCCAGUUUGUGCAAGAAUUGAUUCGCCAAUACUUGAUGCUCUCCAUAUCAUGCAUUCUGGGAAAUUUUUACACCUUCCGAUUGUUGAUAGAGAUGGACUGCUUGUGACUGUUGUUGAUGUGCUUCAAAUUACCAAUGCUGCUGUGUCCAAAGUUGGCAUUACUACUACUGGGAUUAGUAACGAGACUGCAAGCACCAUGAUGCAAAACUUUUGGGACUCUGCAAUGGCAUUAAGCCCAGAUGAUGGGGAUGACACUAUGAGUGACAUACGGUCUGAUGGAGGAGAGACAGUUGCUCUUUCACAGUAUUCUUCUACUAGUUUCAUCUUCAAGAUUCAAGACAGGAAUGGCAGAAUGCAUAGGUUUAUAUGCGAGACACAGAGCUUAACUGACCUUGUAGCAGCCAUCCUUCAGAGGAUAGGAACGGACAUGGACUACAGAAAUGUUCCUCAAAUUAUGUACGAAGAUGAAGACAAGGACAGAGUGAUACUUGCAUCGGACAGUGAUCUUCAAGCCGCCGUACACCAUGCAAGGCUUAUUGGUCUGAAGGGAUUGAGACUAUAUAUAGAGUUUCCGGGAUCUGGCCGCCAUCAGAAUCAUAGAAAGGCUGCAGGAGGAGGCUCGAGCUCAGGAGACAGCAGCAGCAGGCUGAGAUAUGCAUCAUCGUCGUCCUCGCCAUCCCCAACGUCAUCGUCAUCAUCGUCAACAUCAGUAUACAGCGCUGUUGCAGCUGGAGCUGCACUUCUUGCUGGUUUAAGCGUCUAUGCAUUCAUGAAGAGGGCUGCUGCUGGUUGAUGAAUAUUCAUCCAUUUUAUAUACAUAUCUACCAUUAAAGAGUCACUCAGCCAGGCCAGACCCAGACCCAGACCCAGACCCAUACCCAUACCCAGAGAUGCAUUAAUUCUGCAGAAUUGAUGAUGAUGAUCAGUUACAUAUAUGUAUGUACUGUGUGUGGAUGGAAUUGUUGAUUUGAUUAUGAUCAAAAACGAAGUUGAGAUCUAGUAGUAAGUAAUUAGGAUGAUACCACGUUGUAGGAGACAAGCGCGUAUGUUGAUUACUAAGACAUUGACAGACACUACUAUAGUACUGUAACAGCAUGCCCGAAAUUUAUUACUAGUGUAUCAUCAUCAUCA